GCAAAAAUGUAGCGGGAGAUUGCAAGCCAAAUAUAUGUUGUUUAUAUCGAUAAUACGAAUCGAAAUCGUAUUCUAACAUAAUUUUUUUUUGGCAAUUUGGCACUUCGGUCAGUUGGCAGAUGGAUAGAUAGGAAGAAAUGGUUUAAUAAAAUUUAGCACCUUUUUUCAGUGGAUAUUGUGGUGGGGAGUCGUGCUUGUUGUGUGUAAAAUAGAUUUAAUUUUCGAGCUAAAUAAUAAUUGUAAAUGAAUAUUGUCGGAUUGUAGAUUUCUUUAUCUAAAAUAUCAUGUUUGCAUGAAUAUAAAAUUUGGCACUGAACUUCGCGUAGUUUUGCGUCUGGUGCUCCAAAUGUUUUGUGUGUGUAAGCAUAUGAUGUUGUAAUAAGUUGAGUCGUGUGUCGUUAGAUUCAGGUUAAGAUUGUAGAGAUUUGGGAAGUUUUAAACUUGAAUGGAAUAAAACUAUGAAAGACAUGAAUUCGUCAGUUCAGAAUAGCAUUUCAGAUUUAUUGAAGUUAGCCAGAAAAUUCAACUGUUUUUAUUUGUCAGGUUUACAUCAAGGAACAUGUGUACCAUUUUUAGUGACUGGUCGUCAAGUUGGUCUUAUUAGAUCAGAUGUUAUGAAACAUCUUCAACGAUUUCCUGAGGUAUUCAGUAUUAAUGAUAAAUAUGUUGAGCUCAAUCCAGCAUUCCGAGAUUAUGAAGAAAGAACAAGUAAAGUUGCUGAAAUUUUAAACAAAUUACGAAUAGAAAAUGAGAUUUGUGCACUAAAAGGUUGGAGAAAUGAGUGUUUCGAAGUAAGCACUCCAUUUUAUCACGAGAGUCUGCUGGAGAUGGACAGGAGUGCUAUUUGCCUGUUUGGUAUUAGAAAUUAUGGUGUCAGUGUGAAUGGGUACUUGCAGCAUCCUACUAAAGGACUCUGUAUUUGGCUACAACAAAGAAGUUUCACCAAAGAAACUUGGCCUGGCAAAUGGGACUGCUUUGUAAGUGGAGGCCUGGCUGUUGGCUAUGGUAUUUUAGAGACUACUAUCAAAGAAGCAGCUGAAGAGGCAUCAGUUCAAGGGGAACUGGUCAAAAAACUUGUACCAUCAGGAUGUGUUAGUUUUUUCUUCGAGAGUGAAAGAGGUCUGUUUCCCAACACGGAAUACGUGUAUGACCUCGAGCUGCCUAUAGACUUCACGCCGCGCAACGCCGACGGCGAGGUGCAGACCUUUGAGCUGCUGACCGCUGAGGAAUGCGUCCAGAGAGCACUUUCGCCCCAAUUCAAAACCACAGGUGCCCCAGUCCUAAUGGACUUCUUGAUACGUAAAGGAUAUAUUAAUCCUGAAAAUGAGCCCAACUAUCGAUAUCUGGUGGAGUUGCUACAUGUACCUUUGCAGUCUAUAUACAACUGGCCUUAUACAUUGACAAACACCAUGAAUAAUGGAGACAACGAGAAUGUAAAAGAUUAAUAAUCUUCUAAACUAUAUAAUCGAAUUUUAUAGAAAACAUUUCCUCAGAACUUAGUGUAUUAGAAAUACUAAACUACCCAUAUUUAAUUUUGUACGUUAUAAACUCAUUGUAUAAGUAAUUUUAGGUAAAUUAGCUAAGGCUCCCAGUGCAGGAUACUUAGGCAAACUUUAAGUGAUACCUUAGUGAGUUUGCUGUUUAUAACAUGAUCAAGAUUUUGACCAAAUCCACAUGUAGAGAGUACUGUUUGAGUAAAUAGAAGCGUUGAUGCGCAUAAUGUCAAUUUAUCGUCAUUUUUUACUACAUGAAGACAACCUCCAGCAGCGUUAGUUUGAUACAUACAAAAGCAAAUGGUUGCAAAAUAUUUCUGAAGCUUUCUGAACAUUUAAGCUGAUUGACCGUGUUUGUUUUACAAAACUGACGCGCAAUUGACGUUACGCGCAUAGUGCUACGAUGAAAUGUCUGCAUAGUUUAGCUAGGUAUCGUUACUUUCUGUGAUACUUUACCGGUUUGGUAUAAGACAUUGUAUACUAUUUAGUUGGAUUUGUUAUCAAUUUCGUGUGAAUAUAACUGAUAACUUGAUUGUAUUUAUUGUAUUUUUUUAUCUGUAUUGGUUUUAUCAAAAUAAUAUUUUUUAGUUUUAUUAAUAUUUUGUGAGACAAAAUUAUUGAUGUAUGUUACUCAUGUUGAUUGAACAUUUAAGUACUUAGGUGCUACUUUCUUAAUUGGACCGUAGUACUUGCACUAGGUAAUACGAGAUUACAGUUUACAAGGAUAUGAAAUAGUCUAGUCAUUAGACAAACUGCGAAUUAGUACCGAUUGAUACUGUAGUAUUUAUGAGUAUGUACACGAAGUUCAAAUUAGACUGUUGGGAGGCCUAUGUUAUAUUUAUGUGCAUAUUGUAUAUUACUGAUUGAUAAAUAUACAUUUGAAUGAAUAGCAAUCAUAAAAAUGUAUCACUGGACCCAGUCUUAUUGUAAAUUUAUUUGAAUGGUUUUAUUGUGUAUCGGGAUUGAGUGUUAUGCACUAUGGAUAAUACGUUGCGCUCUCGCGUGUCUUGGGUUUUGUGUUGUAUCGGGCGUUCAUGUCUUAUAAGAGUUUGCACGUCUGUAGCGAGGUCUAUGAUUUUCCUAAUAGUAUACACCAUUUCCGACAGCAAUGUCAGUAUUUAGUAAUGUCUUGUUUUGCCACAAAGCUAGCAAUUUAAAUAUAUGCAAGUUGUCAUUACAGAUGUUUACAUUGCAUGCGAAAUAAAUGAUAGCUAAAAUUUACUAUUGAUAAAUUUUAUUUAACAUCACACGAUGUCUCAUUGUGGAGUAGUUAGUAUUGUAUGUGUAGAAUAAAAAUAAUGUUGAUAAAUUGUGUAUCGCUAGUUGUUUUCGGCUAAUUAACAUGUUUAAUAAACAACGAUUUGCUAUAUAUGUUAUGAACCAGGUGAUUAUUUAUGAUAUUAGUAAUAAUGACCAUGUACUAUGAAUACAUGUAAACCAGUUCGGGCGAAAUAAAUUUAUUAAAGAUUGAUCUACCAUAUAAUCUGAUUAUGACACAAUAACAUUAGCCUAGCACAUUGAAUCAUUUCGGGCUUUUGAUAAGUUUCGUGGGUAUUUUUUAAUGCGUCCAAUUAACACCUGGUAUAUAACAUGUACAUAUAUAAUAACAUAAUAACGGUUAGUUUUACAAUAUGGAUGGCUGUAAUAUGUGUACAAGAUUUGCACGAAUUGUUGUGAUAAUCUAUAAACUUAGUAGAUUUUUAACUUAAGGGCAUGACACUUCAGGUGUGAUACCUUUAUACUAUAUUUUGCGCACGGUCGUUGGAGGAAAUUUAUAUAUCAUGAUAUAAAAGCAUUGUUGCAAGCAAACUAUUGGGAGUUUUGCUUGACGUGGCUUGUGUCUGGAACUUAAAGUAAUAAGUUACAGUAAAAAAAGAUUUUUAUUUGAGUACCACUUGGGAAAUAAUCUUGUUUCAAUUCAAUAUUAUGGUGCGAUAACGAUCAUAUUAGACCAGAUUAAAAUGAAGAAACGUUUCCAAUCUAGGACUGGACUUUGAUAAUUUAUUAUACUGCAAAAGUAAUUUACUAAAUUAGAAAAAUCAUUUUUCGGCAGAUUAAUGUUUUUGAGUCUGCGAUGGAAUCUCUUAGCAAAUUGAUAAUAUUUACAUUGUAGGUUUGUAGAUAUUUCAGGUUUCCGGAUGGUAUUGACAGUUCGUCCCAUAAGAGAAAUUUAAAAUGUUGAUAUUUACAUGUAGUUCAACAAUUAACGAACCGCUGAAACUACCAAGCUGAUACUUUGCAAAGUUGCUAAUUUUAUAAUGAUAAAUAAAGUUGAUAAUGGGACGAACGAACCCAUUUCCAAAUAGAAUAUAAAUAAGAGUGGGAACAGAGGUUUUGUAUACAUUUUUAUAGGCCUUGUUACUGACGAAAGAUUUUGUACGACAUUAAAAUAAAAAUACGAGUGUGUACACAUAUAACCUAUUUGCGAUACCUAGUAGAUAUUGAUAGUGUUUUCCUAAAAAUUAAAAAGAUAAAGUAUGCUUA